AUGGCGGGCGAUUUGAAAAGAUUUGUUUUAGAAGAAAGGGAAAACAUCCGACGUUAUAAUGCCAACAUUGAUGCCAUCAUAGAAAAGUAUGGAAAACCUUCCAAAUAUGUUGACAUUGUGGAUUUAGAGAACUUGGAAAUAACAAAAAACAAAGGAAUGCUACACAGACAGUCACCCAGAUAUUUUGGUCACACUAAAUUAUGCCACACAAAAAGGCAAGAAGAAUCCAUGCUCAUUCAAGAGGACAACAGUUUGUUAUCAUAUUCAAUGAGUACUGCAGGGAGUGAAUCUACUGAUUAUGGCAGUAAGCAGCUGAAUUCCUCAGGGGGUUCAUUUGUGCCCAGGAUUGGUGUAAAGACAACUGGUGAUGAUUGGCUGGACAAGUCUAGACGUUCUCAUCGUAGUCUCAACACUUUUUCUCUGACAGAAUCAAAACAUCCUAAUCAGGGAUUGGAUACUUUCUCACUCGCAGAACAAGUUGAUGAUGCUGAAGAUGCUGUUGAACUUCUCUCACUCCAAGAGACGAUGAUGACAUUCAUUGAAAAUGACAAAGGGGAACCUAGUGAUGCAGAAACUUUGAGUUCCUCCUCUUCAGACUCAAACAACGAGUGGCAGGAUGAUUUGGAUGUGAACAGUGAUAAUAAUGAUGUGAAUCACAUCGAAUCAGAGAAAUCAGAAAUAGACUCUGAUAAAUCUGAUGUUGGCGACAUCACAAUUAGUCAUCAGAGACAGGAUAAGAACAUGUGGAGCCCACAAAACCACAGAGGAGAUGAUUGGUUGGACAGACAGGAGGACCAAUUUACCCUGAUAUCCUCCUCACAGGACAGCGGUAUCUCUAACCUUCAUGAUGGAAUCCGAUCCUCGGAUGGCGUGGAAUGGUCAGUUAACCUGAGUCCUUCUUCAAAAGUAACUGGCAGGUGGCGGGAGAGUAAGAAAUAUAUAAAUGCUGUUGUUCUUGAUAGAGAGAAACCAAUCUCUAUCGUAGAUCUGAAAACGUCUUCUGGAAGACAAUGUAUACACUCCUCAACACUGCCAAGAGAUAAACAUGAUAAUCAUAGGAAAUCUCCAGAAACAGUUGUUAAACGUUUAACAUCACCUAUAACAUAUAGCAAGGUAAAUCAGUUAUCAGAUCAGAAGAUGCAUGCUGAAGAUAAAGUUGAUGAAGAUAUUACAGGUAUGAAAGUUUCACGUGAUGCUGACUAUGAAAAUCAACCACAGUCCUUUGAUUUGCAUGGACCUAAUAAGAAGUACAUAUCUUGGCGUACAGAAAAGCUUUCCCAGGAUGUCAAAUCAGAUAACUUAAAUAAGAACUACCACAAAAACCAUGUGAAAUUCAGGGGUAGAAAUGAAUCCGAAUUAGAAGCAGAUGGAAAAAGAAAAUUUGUAGAUAUAGGAAGACAGUCCAGAGCACAGGGUAGGGAACGUAAAAUACAAGGAAGCAGGACGCCACUACCAAAUACCACAGAAAAACACACUUUUAAUAAGCUUGUCAGCAAGUCUGUGCCAAGUAAACUAAUGGUACAGAAUCUCAAAGAUUUACCUCAAGGAAAACUGACAGCAUCCACAAUAGCAAUGGAUCCGCUAACUUCCAUGGAGAAAGUCUAUCGAUGGCUUUCUCCAACCACAAAUAAUUUGUGUGAUCAUGGUGAUAAGAGAUACAAAGUGAACGCCCGACGACGACUACAACUUGCCACUUCCAGCACUGACAAGGUAUUUUGUAAGGACAGCAAAAACACUUUUGACAACAACCUAGGGGUAAACGUCAUUCUAGAGCGGCAAAAAUGUAAUGCAGAUUCAGUCGAACAGAUGGAUAUUAUCAAUACAGAAACUGAAAUGGACUUUCUGCAUAAACAGGUGACAAUGAUCCACCAGGAUAAACAACACAGUGGAACACCUCAAAGGUUAAUCACAGAAUUUAACUCAGUCCAAAACUUGAAUUCUCCAGAGAAGCAAACCAGAACUUCAUUCACAAAAGAGGACCAAUAUGUAUCCCAGGAACAGCCAGUCACACCAAAAACAAACACAAGAACAUGGAAAAGUCCUUUUAGUACUCCACAAGGCUCACUGAAAAGUCCUCAUGGUACACAAGAAAGCUUUCAAAACAAAAGUUCAUGGGAGAGCCCUAACAUGACACGGAAACAGAAUAGAGCAUCCCUUUUCAGUUCUGAUGAUUCGAGCAGCCCCCAUAAGAUUAUGUCACCAAAUGGAAACAGUCCUUGGAGGAGUAGAAGUUGUGAUCAAAGGUUUCAUCCUUACUUUCGUAAAAAUCCUGAUUCCCCAUCUGCCAUAUUUGCCAGGCUCAAACUGUCUAUAUCUUCUCCCUCUUCUAGCAGAGAUAGUACUCUUCAACAAAAUCGAGGUGAAGUGGAAAUGCCUACCUCGUCAACCGUAAGAAAGCUAGCAAAGACAUCAUCACCCCACAAACAACCAACAAGGAAUUAUAAUUUGGAGAGUAAAAUUAUGUCACCUUUGAAAUCAAGGCAACAGUUGAAUCAGAUUGAAAAAAGUUCAACCUCAGAAAGGCCAAAAGAAGCAGUGUUAACUAAUGUGGACAACAUGUAUCACAGACAUACAACAAGAAAUUCUCAGCAGAAGAAUCUGUCUCCUGAUCAAGUUCGAAGCAAAGAACUCUCAGUAUCUUCCAACAGAAGUCAAUAUCUGAAAAAGUCCACGUCUAACAAGGGCAAUGCAAGGGCAUUUGAUGUUUUUGAUACGUUUGGUGUAGAGAGUUCUUCACAAAUGACAGCAGUCUCUAAAGGACAACAUUUUCCAAAGCCCAAUAACAGGCCUUUGCAAAAAUAUUCACAAAAACAUCUAUCUACAUGCCCUAACAAAAGCUAUCUAAAUCCAUCGUAUUCAACAUGUGAAGGUCAGAAAGUACAACUAGAGAACAAGCUAUACAACAAAAGAGAGCAGAAUUACAGGAGUCAAAGAUUUUCACAAGACCAUUUAGAAAGCAUUUCACCUCUUAGGAAUCAAAAGCAUUCUGGUGGUCAGGACUUCAAUAGAAAGGAAAACUAUCAAAGCACUACUUCAGUGCCUAAGGGUGAAACAGAAGGAGCAGGAAAAUCACAUUUUCCGUCGCCAAUACCAUGGAAGGCAGGGAAACAGGAAAAUAAUGGAUACAGUUUAGUUUCCUCACUUCAAGACAGCGGUGUUGAAUGUACUUAUAAAGGUUAUUCUGAUGAUUGGGAAUCAAAGCAUGUUUUGAUACCAGACAAGAUCAGGACAACUUUGCAAGAUAAACCACUGCAGUCAACAUGUGAAUCUCCCCUUGUUAAGAUCAGCUCAAAACCAAAAGCACUUACACCAAGUACUAGCACUUGUCUAAAGACAGUAAGUGAAACCUUGGAAUCAAGCCCAAGAUCAUACAUGAAUGGUACAAACAAUGUGGAAAGGACAAAAUCAUUUAAAAGACCAAAUGGUGCAUUCGUGAGUCUGCGAGACAAACUAUUAACCAACAAUCAGCGACACAGCAGCACACCGAUGAAGCACACUCCACAAUUCCUUCCUGACAAUACUCUCUCUACAAUUCAUGCAACAAACUCAGAUAUAGAUUCAGAUUCUUCAGAUGAGAUGGUUCUUACCAUUAGUCCAAGCUAUUAG